AAUGUAUCUCAAGGAGGAUUGAGCGUCAGUCAAAGUACACAAUCAGAACAAACAAAUAAGUUGGAAAAUGCAAGCGAUGUUACGCAAAGCUCAAAGAAGUUUGUGCCAAGAUCUUUAUUACCGAUCACAUCAAGAGCGUUGAAUAUAUUUAAGUCCUUUACUGACUCACGCUCCAAACGUAGUUCGAAAGAACGGGUGAGAAAAAAUGGUACAUCUAAAGAGAGACUUGAGAGUGAAGAGGAAUCAAAACCUGGCAAACAAUUGGCCCAAUUACAAAAACUCGCCUAUAUAGCAGAUUCCCAGGAAGGAAUCUCAAAACAAAAAGAGAGAAAUUCGAAGGAACAAAUGACAAACACAAGUUCUGAUGAAAGGAGCCAUGAAGAGGCAAAUAACAAUUUUCGGCUGUAACGCACAAAAAAAACUAGUGUGUGAGUGAAGCAAUUUGAAACAAAUAGCUGUCCAACAAUAAAAAUACAAGCCAACUUCAAACUUACUGC